GAAAUAACUGUCCGAGUUAAGCCUGGAGACUUCGUAAAAAAAGGAGAAAGGCUGACCGGUGGCAAGAUAGAUUUAGAAGAAUAUUUAGAAAUUAUGGGACGAGAAAAAUGUCAAGAAUACAUUAGAGAAGGUGUGCGAAAAGUCUACGAUCACCAGGGCAUAGACAUUAAUGAAAAGCACAUUGAAAUAUUUGCUCGGCAAAUGCUCUCCAAGGUUAAAAUAAUUGAUAGUGGUGAUAGCGAUUAUCUG